AUGAAGGAGAAGAGAGAUGCACAAUGCACUGAAUCAGAUCAUUCUCAAAACUUGGUAGAUAAAACUGAUGUAAGUGAUGCAAGGAAGAAAAGAAGGCUGAUAUUGCAAAAUAAGAAAUCAUCAUGUGGUCAUCCCAGUAGUGCCCCAUCCCCAAGUACAGUCUCCCCAGUUUCUAUUCCAAAUGUAGAAGAUAGAGCUCAUUCAAUUGAUGCUCGCAAGAAAAGAAGGCUUAUAUUGGAGAAUAGAAAGUUUUCUGUCAUACAACCUGAAACACAAUAUUCCCAAGUGCCACUGUCUAACUCCGAGGAUGAUUGCAGCUCAUCCAAUACUUCAGACUCUGAGGAUGAUAUGGAACAAGCACCCUUAGCAGAUUCAAAUUUACAAGAAUAUUCUGAUAUAGGGGAUCAAAUAUGGGAAUGUACAUAUUGUCAUGCACACAUGUGGCUUCAAGAACGUGCCAGUAAAACCAAAAAGGGACAUGUUCCAACAUUCCAUCGCUGUUGUCGCGGUGGUAAAAUUGUUGUACCUUUACUUGAAGAGCCACCCCCACUGUUGAGACAUCUGUUGUUUAACAAAACAUCUACCGAGAGCAAAAAUUAUCGAAAUAAUAUUCGAACAUACAACUCAAUGUUUUCGUUUACUUCUCCUGGAAUGAAAUUUGACACCACAUAUUCAAAGAAAGGAGGACCACCAACUUUGAGACUGCACGGUCAAACCUGUCAUCGAAUAGGUACUCUACUACCAGAAACUGGAGACCGUCCGCAAUAUGCUCAGCUAUAUAUUUAUGACACAGAUAAUGAAGUUACUAAUAGAAUGAAGUGUUUCAGAGACAAUACUGAAAUUGACGAGAACACUGUUCAUAAUUUGAAGAUCAUGUUAGAUGAGUUCAAUAUUCAUGCAAAAGUUUUUAGAAUGGCGUGGGAUGUCCUGGACGAUAAUGCAUUCUUAGACUUAAAACUGAGGGUUAUAUGUGAUAGACCUGAGGAUGGACGCGUGUGUAACAGACCAACGGUUUCAGAAGUUGCUGCACUAAUUGUGGGAGACAUUGAUUCUGCUUGUAAUAGGGACAUUAUUAUUCAAGCACGCAACGGUGGUUUGCAAUGUAUUGAUGAGUUUCAUCCAGCAUAUUUGGCAUAUCAAUACCCUCUCAUAUUUGCGUAUGGUGAAGAUGGUUAUAGGAAAAAUAUAUUGCAUAGAUAUCGCCAUGAAACUGAGGUUACCCGACAAAAUCGUCAGAGCAUCAAGGACUGGCUUUCAUACAGGUCACAAGACCGUAGCAAGGAGGCAAAAACUUUGCUACACUCACGCCGUCUGUUUCAACAGUUCUUGGUCGAUGGUUAUUGUAUGAUGGAAUCUGAAAGGCUGAACUAG